AUGAAUAAAUUAUUUAUAAUAGAAACACACAGUCCACACAUAAUCUGCUUGUAAGAGAUGAAAGGCUAACAAGUAGAAAACUCAGUUAGAUAUACAUAUUACUAUGCUCGCCAAAAUACUGAAAGAUCUGGAGGCAUAAUAAUAGGAGUUCAUAAAUAAUUCUAUUCACAAAAUAUCACUAACUAUUAUUAUCCCUAAAAUAAUUUACCAUAUGAUAUUCUAAUACUUAGAAUAGUAAAUCAAAUUAUAGAAUUGGUUACCAUAAAUGCCUACUUCCACAGUAGAUAGUAGUUUUAAAAUAAUAUGCAAAACUUCAAACAAAUAUUAUUAAAACCAUAGAAUAAAUAGGAUAAUAAACGACUUUACUAAUAUGUGGACACUUCAAUUAUGAUAAAACCCUAUUCCAUUCCUCAAUAUAAAAUUUAAAUAGAAUUAUACGAUCAUAAACUGAUCACAUUCUAAAAUUUAGUCUUAUUGACAAAAUUAGAAAUAGAGAAAAAGCUAAAGAGAAUCGACUCUGAAAUAAUAUAUAUUGAUAAAAAAAAAGCAAUAACAGAAUCUUUUAAAAUAUAGAAUUUACAUGAAGACAUUGAUUCAUUUUAUAAACACCACUUAAAGAAGAUAAUAAAUAUAAAAAGAAUCAGACUAUAGUAAAUAAACAACUUCAUAAAACCAUCUCGCCAUAGAAUUAAUUCAGAAUCUAUUUUCAGAAAUUAGAAAAUCCUUUUUUAAAUUAUUGAAGAAAACAUCAUAAAAAAUAAAGAAAAAAGAAAUGGGGAUUCUACAAUUGCUAUUAAACGAAAGUUAAGAACUGGUCGCUGGCCUUAAAGUAUAUUCUAAUUGUUUCGAGCUAUUAGGAAAGUUUUCAAAAUCAAUAAAAUAACAUAAAAUCAGAUUUUAGAAUUACAGAAACAAAUAGAAUUUGACAAAGCAAUAUCAUACGAUUGCAUAACUUAUUAGAUGAUAAAGAAUUUAAAUGGAACCUUUUAAGAGAUAUCUGGGGACCCAAGACUUUUGAAGUUAACAAAAAGCUAGGAUGGGUAAGACUCAUUCCCCUAAACAAAGUUCAUCCAAAUUUCCUAAAAAAGAACAAUUUCGACCACUAGUGAUACUAAGUCCCCUUUUAAAUUAAUAGAGCUAAGAUUCUAUUAAUAAUUAUGGAUUAUAUGA